GUACCCUGCUUCAUCUCACCUCAUCACUCGCUCUGACCGCGACUAAUGCACGCGCUACGGCCGGCGCUGUGGCGUCAAGCCCAACGCGCGACGAGACGUUCGCCCUGGCUACGGCGAACGCAACACGAUCACCACGGUCCUCACAAAGAAUACUUCCAGACGCCGGGGCAAAUGCCUGCCCCUGAUACCACACCCUACACAGCGCCGUACACUCCACGAGUCGUAAAGCCGUCGUCUGGCCCGUCGACUGGGGCCUCGCUAUUCUGGCGUUUCGCCAGGUCUGUCUUCUGGGCAGAUCUCUUUUUCACUCUGGGCGCGCUGGCAGGAACAGCUUUGAUCAGCUGGGAAUACAUGCAACCGCCCUUUGAGCCAGGUUCUGAGGAAGAUCAGGAACUGUUGGAGGAGAUACAAGAGACAAUCGAGGCUCAUCCGGUAGUCGAGGGAUUGCGGCAGGACAACUGGACCGAAGAGAAUUACUAUGCUGGCAGAAUGAAUGGCGCCGUCAGGGGGCAGCAUCUCAUAGGCGAAAAGCUCACAGGGACACGCGGGAUAACGAUGAAGGUCUUCAAACACCCUUCGCAACCUAUCACGAUGAUGGUUUUCUUUCUUGGAUUCGGGAUCGAGGGCUGGCCUGACACGGUGAGACGAAGACGGGUGCGUCUCCGUUUCCUACACAGAAGACUGACUGCCAUGCAGAUCCACGGCGGCGUGAUCAUGAGCCUCCUUCACGAAAGCGUCCAUCAACACCUCCAGCUACACCACCCAGAUCUUGGACUGGUGCGCGCCCAAGUUACCGACGUUACAUUUCUUCGGCCGAUGCGCCCUGGCGACGUCUAUACCAUCUUCGUUCCUCCAUCCAACGUGAAGAAGACUGACGAUGAGCACGCCAAAUCCGUUGACGUGAUGCCCCUGUUGAUGCAUCUCGAUGCUCCGGUAAUGGUGGAAGUGUCAAACGACUGGGAAGAGAAGAGCGAUCAGCAACUACAACCUCAAACAAAACCAGCUUUCGACACCAUGUCCAGGUCUACUGGUCUGGACCGAGACACCUUGAAGGGUAUAGAAAGUGUGCAUGCAUUCGGCAAAUUUCAUGUUCUGGCAGGGGAUGUCAGUGGAAAUGAAGACGAUGUCGCUGGACCCGGACUAUUUUGAGAGCCGGUCUGUCGAAUAGAGUCGACCGUGCCGACGAGAUGUGCGACGCUACUGCGACACCGACUCCCUGAAGGUCGGUACUUUCAAACUGAAAAGAGGGCGAAGUUUACUUUAGGCGACCCUGUUGCCUCAGGAUACGCACAGUUCAGAUGGAGGUGGGCUGGGGGCUUGCAAACACGUCCUCUAGUGCAGUGUGAGUACCUCACGACGCCUGAAUGCGACGCAUCGAGAUAUCGUUGGAGGAUCAUCAGGCCCAGUCGCGACCAAGAGUGGGAGCAUGAAUGAACAAUGACAGCGCAAAUGCUACGAGGGCCUACUAGGCUGGCCAGCCCGAGAGGAUGACAGAGACAAUCCGAUCUCUCGUGAUAUGCAGGCAUGGAAUAGCAGAAGGGCAGAAGGGUAUGUGGCGGCAUCCUUGUCGAUGGUGACCAAGAUCUGCCCACUGAUAUGGCGCACCAUAUGGCGCUACUCACCCCUACUCGAAACGUGUUACCGAUGCAGAAUGGUGCAAGAGCAGACGACCGAGGGGUCGAGAAGGGCACCGAUAGACGAGCUGUUACCGACAUGCAUGAAAAGUACCGAGGAUCAGAUCUCUUUUUGCUCGGGCGUAUCCCCGCAUGUGGCCGUUGAUCCUGGUCGUACGGAGUAGAGUUUGCAGAAAUGGAGAAGGAAGCGAAGGAUCAUGGAGUGGAUGGGCUAUUCCACGUCGAAUGGUGGGAUCGAGGACCUCUGGGCUAGUAUGCUUAGGAGAGAGCACAGGAGAACGAGCGAUCCCAAAUACUGUUUCGAGUGGACAGAUUAUACUAUCUGCAGGUGAACAUCAGUAUCAUUCGAGACUGUUGCAUCCUCGUCCUUCAUGGACA